AUGGUAUUUUUCUUGAGUGGAGGUGGAGGGGUGAGCUCAAUGGCUGCCAUGGAGAAGGCUGUCGUCUCCAGCCGCGUUGGGUUGAAGAGGGAAGACUGUAAGCGCACCAAACAUGACUCUGCUUUCUCUGAUUGGAAGAUUCUUGUUGGGGCGUCAGAUUGGGAAGACCAUUUACUGGGGAAGCAAGGAGAAGAAAGAUAUAGGAUUCACAACCUCCCCAAUUGUUCUUCUUGCCCAGGAGUUUAUGAGCUUGGCAUAUCUGUAUCACGCCCCCGGUCAGGGCGAGAUUUCAGCAAACUUGACCCAGAUUUCAUAAUUCCUGUUUACAUUGGUCAAGCUGACAGUGUUAGGACAAGACUCCAGCGGUAUGGCCGUGAUGGUGCUCAUUUAGGGAAUGGCUACUCAAACUGCGAGCUGAAUAAUGGCAGGAAUUGUUUCGUCCUAAAAGGGCCAGGAUUGUUUACAGAUACAUUCAAAAAAGGAUUCUCCAUCGUUUAUAGAUGGGCUCCAAUGAAAAAUAAGAGGGAAGCUGAAAAAACAGAAGCUAAGCUGCUUGACAAAUUUGAUUAUGCUUGGAACAAAGGCAGUAAUGGAGAACGACGCCACAAUGAUGUUCUCCAAAAACUUGCUCAAAUGUCUUCAAGUGAUUUCCUUUCUCGAGUUUUCAAAUUUGGCAGAUCACAGCCUAGAUUAGUUUCCGUGAGAUUUGGUGUUGAGGGCCAUGAUAGCAUUUGUGGUGUGGCUCUAGGUCAUGGAUCUAUCUGUACAAGACCACCAACUGAGGGAAGAAAAAGGUGUGCUGAGCAUAAAGGGAUGAAAGUCAAUGGUUCUAAUACAAUGUUCAUUUGUGGAGUUUCCUUGCAUGAUGGCUCUACUUGUACGAGGGAACCAGUACAGGGAAACAAAAGGUGUGAGGAGCAUAGAGGGAGAAGGAUCCAUGGAUCCGUUUGUAGAACAGUGACAGAAGAGAAAGUACAAUAUGUGCCUGGUCCAGUUUUUGAAUAUAGGCAAAAGUCCCGUGUUUCCUCGGGGAGGUCUGGUGUCAACAAGGGUUACACUACUAUAUGUGGGGUGAAUUUCGCAGAUGGGACUUUCUGCACAAGGGAACCUGUUUUAGGACGAAAGAGGUGUGAGGAACAUAAAGGGAUGAGGGUUAAGGAGCCUAAGCCGAAAUUGUUAGAAGCAGAAAUACCCAGUGUGUUUGAUGGUUCAGUUUCCCGAACUUGUAAUGACAAUAAGUACAAUAAUGCCCCUGCUCGGUCAGUCGAUAAGGAAUUUAUUCCAACUUGUGGGGCAACAACCCUUGAUGGUUCCUCAUGCAGUAGGAAACCAGGUGAAGGUAACAAACGGUGUUGGCAGCAUAAAGGAAUGAAGGCUGACACAAGUUCGGGGUAUUAUGGCUCCUCUUCUCGAUCGGCCUCAUAUAGUACUUUUAUCGAUGAGGGCUUUUCAUCAACUUGUGGGGCAACCACCCUUGACGGUUCCUCGUGCAGUAGGAAACCAGCUGAGGGUAACAAACGGUGUUGGCAGCAUAAAGGAAUGAAGGCUGACACAAGUUCGGGGUAUUAUGGCUCCUCUUCUCGAUCGGCCUCAUAUAGUACUUUUAUCUAUGAGGGUUUUUCAUCAACUUGUGGGGCACUCUGCCGUAAUGGUUCCUAUUGCCGUAGGGCACCAGCUCAAGGGAGGCGAAGGUGUUGGCAGCAUUAA